AUGUCGGUGUCGGAUCGCUCGAGUCCCGUGAACGGCGGCUACGAGGCCGCGAGCUUGGAGCCUGCGAUGAGGCUCACUGUCCGCAAAGACCUCUUCCCUGAGGAGUGUCUGUCGGAUGUUACGCCUGUUAUUUCCAGCGGUGAGAUGUUGCAAGAAGGAGUCGAGGGCGUCUCUUGCGUAAAACUCGCAACGGACUUUGAGCAAAGCAUUGAUGACAUUGCUAAUCAAAAAUUGCAAGUACACAAUGGAGCUCUGCCGUCUCAAACACGUACUCGCCACAGAAAACACAAGCAGCACUCAAGACGUGAUGCUGAACACUCGCCUAUUAAUGGUUGUCUUUCCACACCGAAGAAAAAAAAGAAAAAGUCCCUUCGUGAAUACUAUCAAAGGACUGCAAAAACAAAUAGUAUAGUACCCUCACAAGUGAAGAAAGGUGGCAAAAACUUAUAUUUAGUCAGUAGCAGUGAGUGUCAAAAUGAAGCAGGUGAUGAUGAAGAAGAGUCCAAUAAAAGUGAAAGUUCAGAGGAUGAGGUCCUCAAGUGCAGUGUUAAGUUACCUAUUAUUAAUUUACAACGACAAAGUGGUAAACCUUACAGUCAUGAACUUAGUCAAUUAUCGACAAAAAAGAGUAAAUCAAAAGAAUCUUCUAAGAAGAGGACACAUGUAGUGAUGCCUUGUAGUGGUAAGCCACGUUCAAUGCUAGGAAUUUGUAGUUCACGCAGCAAGAAAAAGUCUAAGAAACUCGAUUACACAGCCACAUAUCAAAGUCAGAUAGUGGACACUAAUACUAAUAUAAAGCUUAAGAUCAGAAGAACAAGUGCACAUGAUAUGGUUACUCCAACACCUAUUUCAGUAGCUGACAUAGGUCAGAGAAAAUCCAAAAAGAAAAGAUCCGCUACGCCUGAGGUAAGCGAAAGCUCUGGUGAGGAGUAUGAUCCAUCUCGUGGAGACACCUCCGCUGCCAUGAGCGUGGCCGCACCCAAGCCGCGUCAACCGCGGCCUAAGACACGAAAAGUUAACAGUAAUAAAAGUAAAAGUGAAAAGACUGACAAAAGUAGAGUUAGUGGAGAUGGUAAAAAAAAAGAUACUGGGCCACAAAGUCCCUGGGCUCAUUCCAUGCCUGAAGAGAUUCUCUUUAAAAUUUUUGAUUAUGUUGUGUCUUCACAGGGCACUUUACCCACUGUAAUCAGGUUAAGUGGAGUAUGCAAAUUGUGGCACAGUGUGAGUUGUAGGCCAGAGUUAUGGCGGAAUGUAGAUCUUGCACAAUAUACAAGUGAAAAGAACAGAACAGACUUCAAAUUGGUGUGGCUUCUCGAAAAUCGCUUAACGCUAUGUCAAACUUUAAAUAUUGCUCAAUGGAAAGUGUGCAAAGUGUCGUGGGUGUUAGCAUGUGUGAUAAACUACUGCCCGGAACUGGUUGAGCUGAGCGUGGCUGGGUGGAGCAGAAUUACGCCGGAACAGCUUUAUGAUCUCGUUCAGGGAUUGCCGAAAUUACAACGCCUUGAUUUAUCAUUAACGUCUGAAACAGGCGGAUCGAGCACGUGCCUGUCCGCGACCUCGAUAGCUCGGGUGGCGGAGAACUUUGGCGAACGACUCACUCAUCUCACCUUGGCCAAUAACAAGUUCACGGCGCUACCUCAGAUUCUUUCUUCUGUUGCUUCACACUGUCCAAAUCUGGAGGUGUUGGACAUAUCGGGAGCGAUGGCCACCACGCACCCAGCUGCAGUGCCUCUAGAGGCCUUGCAGAAAGGCUGCCCCAAGAUGCGUGUCUUCAGAGCCGCCAACUCACAACUGGUACUUGCAUCUGCCACCACAUCUCAGCAGAUGGAGGUGGAGGGGUGGACGUGCCUGGAGGAGCUGUCGAUCGCGGGCGAGCCUGGGGCGGAGCGCGUGGGUGUGGGCGAGUACCGGCUGGGCGACGAGGCGCUGGGGCGACUGGUGCGCGGCGCCACGCGCCUGCGCCUGCUCGACCUGCGCGGUCUGCAGCGCCUCACUGACUCCGGCAUCGUGCGCGUGCCCGCCUGGGACCUGCAACACCUCUUCCUCGGAGGGUCCAACAUAAUUCGCAAGAGCAGUGCGUGCCUGGAGCUGAUAUGCGAAAAGUGGUCCCAUAGCCUGCUGGAGCUGGAUUUGUCGUGGGCAUCAGCCACACGCGUACUUAACGAUGCCGUUGCCACUCUAGCGGACUCACCCCACAGCAAGCUCAGAAUACUCAAUUUAUGUGGAUCUGCAGUAUUUUUGGAACAAGUGAAAAAGGUCUUACUCAAGUGUCCACACUUAGAAUCAUUAAACCUCAGCUCCUGUCGAGCCCUACCGAGGGGUAUGAAACGUCUGUUCACUGGAAAGGAGCUACAGGAUCUUAAAGAUAGUUUAGAUCCUGAAAAGGCGAAACCCAAAGAAGACUCUGACGAUGAUGAUGAAAGCACAAGUGUGAACAUAACAAAGAAAGAGGCUGAUUCAAAAUCUGGCAAUACGCCUAAAGCAUCCCCAAAGAAUAAUAUAUCUGAUAAUACUGGUGCCAAAGUUAAAGGGAAAUCCUCAGAAAAGUCUUCCCCAUGUGUAUUCCAAGAACCUAAAAGCGUCUCUGAUACUAGUGCUACUCCCGAAAGUCAGGGAUCGCAAUCUUCCAUUAUUACUAAGACAGUUGAAUCUACGAAAGACAUUUCAGAGACUGUAACAUCCUUAGCAAAUAAUAAAAGUUCCAGAACACCGACUUCAAACUUAUCAAGCCCACUUGCUCAAUCAAAACCGGAUUCUUCUUCCACUCCGAGGUCAGAAUCAGUCAAAAAUGAUCUUGGCAGUCCUCAUUUUAGCCCCGUCCGAAAACCCGACAGUCAAGUGCCUAAUAGUCCUGAUGUACUUCCCGAAUUAGCUAAAAGCAAUAACUCGUGGAAUUUAGGACAAUUUAAAACUACACCCACCCAUAAAUCAGAAGCAAGUCCACUAAAUAGAUUAGAGAGCCAUAAUACAAGUAAAUUAAAACAUAGUAAAAUUGUUGAACAAUGCAGCCCCACUACUUCAUUAGAGAACAAACCUAGUCCAGAAACUCACUGUUUAAAACCUGAUAUAAAGAAUCCGAGCAGUUGGAAUUAUUCCGGUGGUUAUAGUCCCAUGACUAGACAGGAUCAAUUCUCCUCACAGAGAAGUCCUUACUCUGCCCAGCCAAGUCCAGCACAACCCAGCCCAUACUCUACCCAGCCUAGUCCGUACUCCACCCAACCUAGUCCAUACUCCUCCCAACCUAGUCCCUAUUCUGCACAACCAAGUCCAGAUACAAGUCAAAUGGUUAAACCAGAUAUCCAAAAAGCAAGCGCUUGGAAUACAGGCAACUUCAGUCCUAUGCCAAAACAACACACGCCUUUUUCACCCCACCCUUCCACGCACCCAAGUCCUGACCCAGGUCUUGGUGUGAAGAGUGAUGCUUUCCGUAAUAAUUGCAGUAAAACGCCCGGACAAUACAGCCCUAUGUCGAGACAAGACAGGCUGCACCACAGCCCAUAUUCACCUAGGCCGAGCGUUGAAAAUGUAUAUAGUAACAAAAAGAGCCCAGGUGUAGGGAAAUACAGUCCAAUGAUGCGUCCCGAAUGCCAUUUGCCUAGUCCAGACGGCGGGCAUACGUCGAGACCUAUUGUAAGCGGAAGAACUCAAGAUAUAUACGGACGAUCGGUUUCAAAAAUGUCAGAAAUGGUCCAAAAUAUCCCACCGCCCGAAGUGCCCAAUUCUUGGGGAUUCAGCCAAGUAAAUAACACCUCGACAAGCGGUAUAGAGUCCCUCGUAUGGGGCGGAUCGUCAUUUAACACGGAGCCGACGUUGCCGCCGCGUGUAGAUAACAUUCCCUCGAUGCUAAACACGCCGUCGCCUCAAACGUGGAAUGACCUACCUCCUUUGAUAGUGCUAUUCGAAGACCUAACGAGUUAA